GUCUUCCGCCGGCCGCCAUGGAGCUGCUGGGGGAGGUCGCCCUGCGGGACUCUGCGCUGCUCCCGGGGGGCUUCUGGGCGGCGGUGGGCGUGUGGCUGGAGAAGCCCCAGGUGGCCAACAAGCGGCUGUGCGGCGCUCGGCAGGACGGGGCUUGGCGGGCCGCUCGGCCCGGGGCAGGCGGGGAGGGGAGCCCCGGGAGGAGGGCGCUGGAGGCCGUGUGCGAGGCCUUCUGCCGCUGCCGCCGCGAGGACUUCCACGCCCUCGGCCUCGCAGGCCCCGCGGAGGAGGAGCUGGAGGUGGUGCUCCGGACGCUCGUGCCCAAGGCUUGCCCUCCCGCGCCCGCCAGGGAGGUGGUCGUCAAAGAUAUAUUUAAUGGGACCAUAACUUUUUUGCCAUUGGUACAAACCCCUGAUGGGAAAUACAAGAUCAAGAAGAGCAAUAUUUAUCAAGUUCGACUUCUGCAUACACAAGACAAUGAAUGGUCUAUUUCAAUGUUUUCAUCACCUCCAGAAAACUACAUUUCAGAUGGAAUUCUGUGCCCUAAAACAACAUGGCUGGGAAGUGAACUGUUGCCAAAACUUGCUAAAUGGUCCACAGAGACCACAAAACGUGAAUUUAAGAGCACACUCUCUCUCAUUUCUGUUGCUAGAUACAGCAAAAUUUAUCAAGAUCUAAAGGAAAAGUACAAAGACAUUGUAAAGGUAUGGCCUGAAGUAACAGAUCCAGAAAAAUUUGUAUAUGAAGAUGUUGCUAUAGCUUCAUACCUGCUGAUCCUUUGGGAAGAUGAGAGAGCUGAGAGAGGAUUGUCCAAGAAACAGUCCUUUGUGGAUCUCGGCUGUGGAAAUGGUCUCCUGGUUCACAUUUUAAACAACGAGGGGCAUCCAGGCAAAGGGAUUGAUGUCAGAAGAAGAAAAAUAUGGGGCAUGUACGGCCCACAGACACACUUGGAGGAAAAUACAGUUAGUCCAGACAAUCUGUAUCCAGAUGUUGACUGGCUGAUUGGAAAUCAUUCUGAUGAGCUGACACCCUGGAUACCUGUAAUUGCAGCCAGGUCUUCCUAUUCUUGCCGCUAUUUCCUGUUGCCUUGCUGCUUCUUUGAUUUCUAUGGGAAGUACAACCGGAGGCAAAGUAAGAAGACCCAGUAUAGAGAGUAUCUUGAUUUUGUUAUGGAAGUGGGAUUUGUAUGUGGCUUUCGUGUGGAAGAAGAUUGCCUUAGAAUUCCUUCAACGAAAAGGGUAUGCCUAAUUGGGACGUCUAGAACAUAUCUAGCAACGCAAGGUGCUGUACUUGAUGAACAGCGAGCACAAUAUAUCAGUCGUCGCCAGUCAAGCGUCAUGGUAGCACCAGAUCAUCAAAUAGACGGAUUUCAUCAACAUGACAGCCUCCCAGCUGCAAACGAUGUCACCAUCUGCCCAGCAGCAGAUACAAAAGAAUCCCAAAAGACAGAUGUGGGGAAAGUCCUAAUAUCUGGAUUUCUGCCCAGGGGAAAAGAACAAGUGAGAAACUGCACUACUCUCCCCCAGGAUCUGGUAGACAAAGUGGUUUUGAAGGUAGCAAAAUUACUGUUAAAGGAAACCAAAGGGGGUCCACUUGAAAUGGCCAAAACGUGGAAUCGAGGAGAGAGUCUCCCCUUGAGUGAAAUUGCAGAGCAUUUGGACAAGGACACUUUAAAAAGGCUGAAGAAUGAAUAUGGAGGCCUCCAGACCUUACUUAGAAACCAUCAUCAAGUGUUUGAAGUUCUAAAUGGGAAAGUUCAUAUUCGUGAUUGGAGAGAAUGGAAACCACCAAGGAAAAAUAAGCCAGGCAAGCAGGGGAAGCAAAGACUUCCUUCCAAAGCAUUUAAAACACGCCUGUGUUGGUUUCACAUUCACCAUCCUCAGGGCUGUCCGUUGUCUUCUGAGCUCUGUUGUUAUGCUCACGGGAGCGAGGAGUUGAAGCCAUCUCUGAAAACAGUGACAAAAGAUAAAGGAUUUGGGAGUUAAACUUACGCUACUUGGAUGGAUUUCUGACUGAAUUUCAUGUACAUUGAUUGUACAGCGGUGACAUUUAUGUUUUGUUCCACUUUAUGCCUGCUCUUCUCCGAGAAUCCCCUGUGGUAAGAGAAUAAAGGUUUUUAAAUC